GAAAGGGCACGAGACGGUGGCCGCGUGCGCUUGGUUUUGACUGUUUAAAAUAACGAACGUUAAACGGUCAAACGAUUUUGGCGCAAAAAAGAGAGGAUUCGUUUUAUUUGGUUAACAUCUACACAAACGGAGUUUUAAACGUCAGGAUCGCUGUGCUUCAAACUUCCCGGUAACCAUUGGAAAAUGACCAGCAUGCACCAAACUCUUUGAAGCAUCGAUCUGCGCUCUGUAACCGUCCGCAGCGAUGAGUUGGCCCGGGGAGGACUGGACCGUCGGUCUGACGGGUCACGUCCUGCAGAAGGUAAAACAGCUUCAGGCUCAAAAUGAAAAGUUGACCAAGGAAAGACAACAGAGACAACUCCAGCUGGACAACUCGGAGGCAGCGCUGCACAAACAGAAACGGAAGCAUGAGGAGGUGCGUGUGGAGCUGGCUGCGGUUCAGAGGGAGCUGGGAGGAGUGCGCGAGGCAGCGCAGGCGGAGGUGCGGGUCAGGGAACGGCUGGCUCAUGAGUUACAGGUUAAAACGGGACAAGUGCACUCGCUGGAAGGCCAACUGGAGUCUUCCAAAAACUCGAUACAAAACCUCGCACAGGAGAUCAAACGGCUUGAGGCAGAGCUAGAAAAGCUGGAGAAGGGAAAUGGCUCUGGGGAUUCCAUGUUGUUUUCCACACCUUGUUGGAACAUGAGCUCUCCCUGGGACCACAGCGGUGGUUUCAGAGCAGAGGGUGAUGGCAAAGCGCAGCAUGUCAGACAGCAGCUGCAGUUUGGAGACAUCCCUAAGCCUGUGGUGGGCGGGGCUUCCUUUGCGUUUCCACAGCAACCACAGAAAUCCCCACCCAUUCGGCAUCACGCCCGCCAGUCGGAGGCAUCCACCCCCUCCUCAAUGUUUCCAUGGGAACGGGAUGAUUUGUGGUCCACUCCCAAAGGACGACCAGCUCCUUGUGUUUCAUCCGGUGAUGUCAUCAAGAGCAAUGACUCGGGGAUAGAAGAGGCCUUGAGGAACGAGAUUGAUGGUCUGCGCGUGCGUGUAUCAGAGCUGCAGCGCGAGGCACUGUUGGAGUCUGAGCGUUUGAAGGACGUGGACUCUCGUCUGGCUCAAGCUCAAAGAGAUAUCAACACUAAAGAACAGAGUCUGACACGCACCCAAGACCAGCUGACCCGCGCACAGACCUGCAUCACACAGGAGACUGACCGGGUCCAGGCUGUUGAGCAGAAGGUCAAACAGCUUCAGGAGGAGUUGAAGUGUCAAAGGCAGAAUGCAGAAUCCAGUCGCUGCAAUGCAGAACAGCGCAGGAAGGACAUGGAGCGAGAGCACCAGAAGGAGCUGUUGGAGCAGCAGAGAGAGAGACAAGCUUUGGAGAAACAACAUCAGCAGGAGAUGAACAGACUCAACCAGGAGAUCCAGCAGGCCAGAACCCUCCACAACACACUGCAGGCCCAGCAUGAUAAGGUGUGUUUGCAGAAGCAGGGUCUGGAGAGAGAUCUAGAGGAUGUCAAAGGAAAACUGAAGAACACGGAAGCUGACCUAAAAGAGAGUCAGAAGAGAGAGACUCAGACAGAGGCCAAACUCACGGAGGCGCUGAGGGAGAACGAGAACCUCACCGUGUCUUUGGGGCAGGUGAAGAAACAGGAAAAAGCUCUGCAGGAGGAAGUGAAGAGGUUGACAGAUGAGCUUGCCGAGGCCCUCAAGCUCAUAAAAGAACUGCAAGCUCAGCUGGCGGCUCCUCCUCAACCAGUGUCUGUUCCUCACUUCGGCUCUACAGGAGACUGUUUCUCUCCCUCUGUUUCCUUCCAUCACGACCGCUCUCCUCCUCACCAGCACUCUGCUCAGAGAAAGAGAGCACCACAAACCGGCCGAACGAGAGAAGAGGAGAGGAUGAAGUACCCCUCAGGCAGAGAGCCAGGCGAGGGCAUCGAUUCUGAGCACAUUGGCAACUUGGGGUCUGAGGAGUCACAGAGGUUUAGAGCGAAAUGUGUUGAUACACAACAGAGCUGCUCACUGAAAUGCAGUGACACUGAUGUGGACAUCUCACUGACGGAACAAGACACCGGUAUAGAGGACGUGGACACAGACUCGUUCAUGUCUGACUCAACCCUCAGCACAAGGUCCAAAAGUGAAUCGGGCAUCACUCGCAAUCUACAAGACGUCACGCACGACACAACAGGUAAUGUAGGAAAAUGUGACUCUGCGUCUCUUAAAGAUCUGAAGAAAGAGAACUCCGAGCUCCGUGAUGAACUCCGAGAUGUGAAUUACGAGCUUCAGAAGCGUCUGGACGACCUGGAGUCCCAGAGGAGGGCGGAAGCGGAGGCCAGGACCAAACUCAAACAGCUGAGCCGCAAGCAUUCGACUCAGACAGAGCAGCAACGCGCCAAAGCUCUGGAGCUAAAAGACAGCAUGGCCAAACUGGAAGCUCAGCUGGAGCAGGAGAAGAAAGAGAUCACAAAACUACGAGAAAAUCUUGACGUGUUAGAAAGAGAAGCUGAGAAGAGGCAGGAAGAGAAGGAGAGGGAGCAAGACGAGAGCGCCGAGCUGAAGGAAGUCUUAGCUGAGAUGGAGCGAAAGGAGACGUCCGUGGAGGAAGAGAUGGAGAGGAUGAGAAAGGAGCUGGAAGACCUUCAGCGCAAACUUGAACAGGAGCGAGAGGAACGGGAACAGGAGAGAGAAGAAGAGAGGAAGAAAAUCCGAAAAGAAGAAGCGGAGGGACUAAAGAUCGCACGGCUACAGGAAGAGCUGGACAAUCUUCGGAGGUUUGGUCAGUUGGAAGACGAGAUAUCCAAAGAAAAUUUUCCCGUCGCUUAUUUACAACUAGACCACCACCUUAACACUAGCAACAAAGACUCUCCUGAAUCCAUCUGUGACUCUGUGAACCUUCACAACACUAUGAUCUGCCAGGAAACCAGAGCCGUGGAGCUUAUUAUGGCUCUUGGAGCACAAACUAACCCGGGGACAACCACAGAGGGCAAGACGGAGAUGGAAGAGCCUCUGGCAGUAAGCUUGGACGACACUACCAUUUUAGUUUUGGAGAUUGAGCGUUUGAGGGUAGAGAGAGAUCAAGAGGCAGAGAAUGCAAAACUAGCUCAGGGAAAGCUGGAAGAUCUGCAGAAGCAAGUGAACACUCAGACCAAACACCUGACCCACGCUUUUGAAAGCCAGAGCAAGAACAUCGAGAACCUGCUGAGAGAGUUGCAUAAUAAAGAGUGCGCCCUCCAGAGGCAAGCUGAAGAACUGCAGAAAUGUCAAGAGAAAAUCACGCUUCUUGAAGAAGCACAGCACAAUAGAGAGGACGUCGUCUUCGGUGAGGUCUCCAUGCAUCCGGAACCUUCUACAGAGAUCUCGAGAGAACUAAGCUGUGAUUCGGUUAUAAGCAACAUGAGCAUAAGCGACCAAGAAAUGUUUAAUGAUGAUACACAGCAGAUUUUGAAGGACUCUAGUUUACAGCUGCCCGUUGAACACUCUGUUAGCCGAAACGUUGAACAAACCAACACUAAAGAUGCAUCUGAUAAGCUACAAAUAGCAACUGAAGCUUUCAGUCCACAUGAAUUGAACUGUGAAUGUCCUCCAUCUUCUAGUGUCAAUUCUGAAGGAGUGUUUACCAAGAAUGCUCAAGAAACUGAAAACUCGUCUGUAACGAGUUCUCGCUCGCAAGACGAACAAGUUCAGAACGUUUCAGAAGACUCCACAAAAGAUGAUUCUGGGUCGGAAAGGGUGACGAAGGAAUUACAGGAAGCUGAAAAUCAAUUGAAUGUGUUAAAGACUCAGAAUGAGACGCUCGGUUUGGUUAAUGAAGAACUGCUGUCUGUCAAACGAGAAAAUGAAGAGUUGAAAGCAAAACUGAGAUGGUUGGAGAAAGACACGUGUGCUGACAGGACCUCCAAAGAAGAUCAAAACAAUGAAAAGCUAAAUGAAGAAGGUUUUCUAGACGGCGCCGCCUCAGGACGGGAGGAGUCUGUUGUUCCUGAUGAAAACUCUGAAGAUAAAGGGAUGGAGGGAAUGAAAGAAACAGCAGAAGUUCAUGCUCUUCAUAAACGGAUCCAGACGCUACAAGACCAGAUCCAGAACCUCUCUGAGCAGAACAGGACACACGCCGAAGAACUAAACCUCUGGAAGAUCUCUGCCAUGGGAGAAACGGCGGACAGCAGUUCUCCCUCCAUCACGCUGAGAGAGUUCCAGAUAUUCCUCCCCUGCAAUUCUAUCAAACCGUGCACGCAACAGACAAGGACCACAGACAUGACACAUCAGUGUGGAUCAGAGGACGGGAAUGAACAGACCAACUUGCCUGAAACACAAAUGACACAUGCUGGGAGUAAAUCUCAGGGACCUGCUGAGGGCCUAAUGACUGAAAAUGAAACGAUGAUCACAAAAAACACUCAAGAAUGUGCCACCAGCUCUUUUACACGCCGAGAUGAAACUCCUCCAGUCUGCACGUCACACACGACGACUAGUAACAAUAAAGAUGGACUAUCAGAUCUUCAGCAGAUUGCCUUAAUGUCUUCUGUGUCUCACGGCAACACGACUGGCGCCGUAGCAAACAGCCAGGAAGAUGCCUUAAUCAACAUUUCCAUUUCAAGCGAAUAUCAGACCAAAGUAAUCAGCACCAAGCCAAUCGCAGUCGAGUCCCGUGAGAUCCAUGAUUCCCAGAAUUCUGUCUUGCGCACUGCGCGUAAUCAGAUUGAAACCAAGGAAACCGUUGCUUUGGAUAAACACGGGUAUCGCCACGGAGACGCAACGGAUAAACAGAACAACCGUCACGUCGCUGAGGUGGGUUCGGCAUCACAGACAAAUGAGUCUUCUAUGGGUCAAAGGGCAGAGAGCGACGAGGUUAAUGGAGAUGGUAACAGGACAGAGGUCAGAGAAGUUCAGAGUGUGUCUACACAGACAGAAGAGAGCGGAGAGUUGAGUGACACGACAGUGAAACGCUCUCUCGUCCACACCGGCACUCAGACGGAUAACGUGCCGCUGGAGACUGAUGAAGAUGAGGGUCACGAAGGACCCGCUGACUCGCCGCCCCUCUCUCGCACCCUACAGUCUGUUACAAACCAGCUGCUGUUGUCCAAGGCGUUCCCCAUGAGUGACCCGGCUCACCUCGCAGAGCGCAUAAGACAGAACCGCAAUCGCAUGUCUGCGGCAUAUGACGACACUGAGUAUGAACCGUACGGCCUGCCAGAGGUUGUUAUGAAAGGCUUUGCCGACAUCCCCAGCGGGCCAGCUUGUCCAUACGUCCUGCGCAGGGGGCUUCUUGGUACCGACGCAAUGCCCCUCCCACUCAAAGAAGCCACACCCCAAGACGAAGAUGAAGACAUAGAGCCAUAGCUCUCACCUCAUAGCAUAGCAUUCUACUAAAUCCCGUAGGUACUGGAUUUCUGUGCAUAUGUUUGUGAUGCAUUUAAAGAAACAUUUCACAUUUUCUAGACCCUUUCUGUUCUUUCCGUUCAAUGCUGAAGGAACAUCAUUGCCACUUUAAUCAUAAUGUAAGUGUCAAUGGUACCAGGUCACCACAGAACACUCUGUCUCGAGUCAUAUACUUCAGAUUGAAAGACAUUGCACUUUUCUCCAGCUGAACUGCCUUACGGUGUAUUGAUGUCAUAUGUUUUGGUUUGUGUAGUGGAGCCGUUUUCAGCUUCGCUUAUGUGGAUGUAAUAUAUUUUUGUUUGCAUAGAGGUGGUGUUAGCCCCUGUUUUAUAUGAGACUUGAAUUUUGUGAAUAGCUUUAUUUAUUGACGGACACUACUGUGUGUGUGUGUGUGUGUGUGUGUGAGUGCGCGUGCGUGUGUGUGUGUGUGAUGACUCGGAUCAAACCUGAGCCUGUUUCCGAUCCUUGUAUGGUGAUUCACUGUCAAAGCCUGUUUCUCUUUCUCUCUGUCAUCUCACGGCUUUAUAAUGCACACUGGAGUAUUUAUAUUGUUUGUCAGUUGGCAAAGCGGCGUUGGAUGGAUGCAUUUUUGAUGUAAUAAAUUUAAUUGACAUCAUAUGUCUUUUAUGCUCCUCAGUGUGUUUAUUGUUUUUCUGUGAUUAGUGUUUUCAGUUGGGAAUGUUUACAUUGAUUAAAAUGAGUUAUUAAAAUACA